CCUCCCCAGGAAUCCCCUGACCAUGGGCACCAUGAUGGCAUCUAACACCACAAGGGAGAAGCUGGGCCCUGGGCUCCAGGCUGGGCUUUGGUUCUCCCUCAUGCUGGGAGGCCUCAUUGUUGGUGCCAACCUGCUCCUGGCAGCGGGGAUCGCCCGAAACCGCCACCUCCGAAGACCCCCAGCCGGCUGCUUCUUCCUAAGCCUGCUGAUGGCUGGAUUGUUCACAGGGCUAGCCCUACCCACACUGCCUGGGCUGUGGAGUCAGAGUAGGCAUGACUACUGGCCCUGCCUCCUCCUCCACCUAGCCCCCAACUUCUCCUUCCUCUCUCUGCUCGCCAACCUCCUUCUGGUGCACGGUGAACGCUACCUGGCCAUUCUGAGGCCCCUCCGCCCUCCCCGAGGAACCCGCUGGGCCUUACUGGUGGCAUGGACCGCCCCCCUGCUCUUUGCCAGCCUGCCUGCCUUGGGCUGGAAUCACUGGGCACCUGGUGCCAACUGUACAUCCCAGACCAUCUUCCCUGCCCCUUACCUCUACCUGGAAGUUUAUGGCCUUCUAUUGCCCUCCGUGGUGGCUGCUGCCCUCCUCUCUGCCCGGGUGCUGGCCACCGCCCGGCACCAGCUUCAGGUCAUCCGCCGGCUGGAGAGGGCGGUGUACCGUGGUGCCCCCUCAGCACUGGCACGGGCCCUGGCCUGGCGCCAGGCAAGGGCACGGGCAGGUGCCACCCUGCUAUUUGGGCUGUGCUGGGGCCCCUAUGUUGUAGCCCUCCUCCUCUCAGUGCUGGCAUUUGAGCAACGACCCCCCUUGGGACCUAGUACCCUCCUGGCACUCAACUCUUUGGGCAGUGCCAGCGCCGCUCUGGUACCCGCAGCCAUGGGGCUCGGGGACCGCAAGUACACAGCCCCUUGGAGGGACGCCGGACUGAGGUGCUGGGGAGCCCUCCGAUCGGCUGCCUGUGGGAGAUCCCAGCCGGGACCCGGAGCCACAGACCAAGAUGGCGCCACGUGCAGGGCGAACGGCUGAGUCGGGAGUCAGGGGUGACUCCAAGGCCCCUUUGCAGGGCUCCUAAUGACACUUGUGUGUUCCCCACCUCCAAGGGGUGUCUCCGAGCUGACUCUUGCGUCUGACCCGACACUGGAAGAUGGAGCCUUCUAGAGUCUAAGUUGCCACUCCCUC